AUGAAAAAUAUAAAUAACAGACUUUUCUGGGAAAAUACUUAUGUUAAUAAUGAGAACUAUACGAAUUCUGAAUUUUUAAGCGUACCGCACGGGGGACCUAUAAAAGAAGCGUCUACAAAAGGGAAAAUAUCUCAAGUGUUGAGUAAAAAACACACAAAAAUUGCUAGUUCUGACAUUACAACAAAUUUGAGUAACACUAUCUUGAGUAACCCAAUUGUGAAUUCCACUUUGAGCUGCAAAAAACCGAGCGGAGAAAAACUGAACGGCAAAAAACAGAAAUGGAAAAAGUUUAAUAGCCCAACUUUCAAUUUUCACACCUUUCCAAAUGUAAAAAAAAGUAAGGCCAAAAAUUAUACACAUUUUUCUCAAAAGACAAACAUCGAGAGGAAAAAUUCUUUUGAAAAAAGAGAAUCCCUUCUUAAGAAUGAGUCAAUCAGAUAUCACGAAAAAACAGAUAUAGAAAAUGAUGCAAACGAUUUUACAAAUCUGAUAAUUUAUGAUGAUGAUCAAACAACGUUUAAUGAAAAACUUCUAACACAAGGUAAACUUGUGCAUGAAACGCAUAGGAAUUCCCUAACGAGGGAUAACCAAGAAAUUUUGUUAAAAGAUAUCCAUUUCGAUAUUCAUGCAAAAAUCGGAAAUCUGGAUGAACAAAGUAUCCUAAAGAGGAGUAAUGUCUGUAUGCAAGGAUUCAAUGUCAUAAGAAAUAACAAGAGUAAGAACAAUAGAAGGAAUAUAAACAAAAAUUGUGACAAUUUUGAAGAUUCGAAGAAUUCCUUUUAUAGCACGAAUUUUUACAAUAAUGAGGGGAAAACGAAUUGCGAAAAUUUGAACAAGAGAGAAAACCUGGACACAAAAUUUUUAUUAGAACAUAUAAAGAGGUUGGAGUAUCAAAAUAAUAUAUUUCUUAACAAUUUAUUAAAUAUGUAUUAUGUUUGCAUGGAUUAUAUCAAAAUGCAAGAUGAAAAAAUAAAAAAAAAUGAAGAAAUCAUACUUUACCAAAAAAAAAUCAUACAAAAUUUAAAAGAAAAUCAACACUUGGAUGACACUACAGGUAUGAGUAAUGAUACCUAUCAUAAUUGCAAAAAUAAUGAUUCAGAAUUCUGA